UCGUUACGUCGGGCGCUGCUUCGAACCAGCAAAACACACGGAGGCCACCUGACGCGGUGUGCACGGGGGGAUUCGGGCCCCGAUGCCGCCGUGCACGUCGCGUUUGUAUAGUCUUCCCAAUAUGUUCGGACCGGGCAAACUCGCCAGAUGGCCCGCAUAUGUUGAACCUGGUUAUUCACGCGAAAACCCGGGGGCCCGUCGUUGUGACACGGCUGUCGGUGCGUCCCCCGUGCUUCUUUUUCGCGGCGCAGCAAGACAGACCGCGCAUCACUUUCGAAUUUGCGUUGACAAGGUCCAAGUCCGUUGUCCCGUCAUGAGCAAACCGUUCCUGACCAUCGAAGACAUGAAGAUGUGCUUCUCGCUCUUUUGCUGCGUGUACGGCAUCGGGACGCUCGGCAUGCCUGGCAACUACGCUCGCGCCGGGUACUUCUGGGCGACGGUCGCGUUGGUUUUCAUGGCCGCGGUCAACACAUACGCCACCGUGUGCAUGUCCAAGGUGAUGCUGGAAGCUCCGAAGAGCGUCCGCACGAUGGGCGACUUGGGCGAGUUCGUCAUGGGAUGCACUGGCCGCUGGCUGAUGACUGUCACCCAAAUGAUGACGUGCGUCCUCGUCCCGAUUGCUUUCCUUGUGUUGGGCGGCAUCAUGUGCAGCAUCAUGUUCGCCGACUCGUACGAACCUACCACGUGGAUCAUUAUCAUGGGCUUGUCGUUGUUGCCGGUGUGCUUGAUCCCGACGUUGAAGGAGGGUGCUGGCGCGGCCGCCGCGGGGUGCCUCGGUACAGUUCUUGCCGAUGCCAUCGCUCUUUACCUGUUGGUGGACGGCAUGCACGACCUCAACACCGAGGGCGUUUCUACUCCCAAGCCCCACCCGACUUUCAAGCAAGUCGCCAGUGUGUUUGGUAACUUGGCUCUGGCGUACGGUGCCGGUAUCGUCAUCCCUGCUCUCCAGCGCGACCACUCGGACCCCACUCGCAUGCCCCGCAUCAUCUACGUCACCUUGGCCAUCAUCUCGACCUUCUUCAUGAUUGUGGCCAUCACGGGUGUGUCCGCCGUGGGGUGCCAGAUCCCCGGCAACUUGUUCUGCACGUCACGAUUGCGUACGCUGUCAUCAUGA